AUGGUGGCGAUCGUCGGCUUCGGCUCGCUGCUCUCCGAGGCGUCGGCGCGCUCGACGUUCGGCGACGGCGUGCGCAACUUCCGCCUGGCGCGGGUGCUCGACUACCGCCGCGUGUUCGCGCACCCCGCCUCCAUCUUCUUCCAGCGCGGGAUCGCAGACCUCCAGACCAAGGAAAUGGCGAGUCUGUCGACGGAGCCGGCGCCUGGAUGCGAGUUCCUUGUGAGCGUGUUCGACAUCCCGGAGCAGCUGCUGCCGGACUUUUACGAGCGCGAGGAGGAGUUCGAGAUCAUCAGUGCCAAGUUCCAGGAGCUGGAUGGGACGUCGGGCGAAGAGGCGCUCAUGUGCACGAGGUGGAGCGACGAGGAGUACAUUGCCAAGCGUGGACAGGAGACGUUCGACACCAAGUACAAGGCGUACGGGUUGGAUACCAUUUGGGGUUGGGACGCCCAGAGCGGCAUCCUCCCAUGCAGGGUGUAUCUUCGCCACUGUUUGCUGGCUGUCAAGAAGCUAGGACAGGACGUGUACGAUGACUUCGUCACUACUACCUACCUCGGCGAUCGCUCUACCACGAUCAAGGAGUACAUUGAGGCCAACCCGUCUAUCAUGCUCGAGCUCCCUCCCCCGCAUCUUGUUGACCGCUACAGCGGUUAA